CGUCCACCAUCCACCGUCCAGCCAGCGCACCGCACCGCACCGCACCGCACCCUAAGUGUCGCUUGCACCAACAACACAUCACAACAUCCUAUGACCCUAUCCCUACAACCUGUCGAUCUUGACAUCUCGUGAUAUAAUCUCAAUCAGAGACACUCAGACACCCUCCUGAGCACCUCUACACACACCCUCUCUUUCAAUAUGAAACGAACCAGGCUGAACUAACUACCUACCUCAACAACAUGAACACUCGACCCAUCAUCGAUGAUUCCACGGGGCCUGUGUCGCUCUGUGCCUCUUUCAACUAUGAUUCCACCUGUUUCGCCGUUGGCCUCGACACAGGCUUUUGUGUCUUCAAUACCUUCCCAUGUGAAUUGAAAGUCUCCAGAGACCUCAAUGCAGGGAUCGGUACAGCAGAGAUGCUCGGCCGUUACAACUAUCUGGCACUUGUAGGAGGUGGAAAAAACCCUCGCUGGCCGCAAACCAAGGUCAUCAUCUGGGACGAUGCGAAGCAAAAGGUUGCCAUCACCCUCGAACUGAAGACUGCCGUGUUGCGUGUCCGCUUGACAAAGUCCUGGAUUGUUAUUGCUAUUCAGAACAGUAUUCAUCUCUACAAGUUCUCCUCUCCGCCUGAAAAGACGGCUGUCUUUGAGACUGCCGACAAUUCUCUAGGCCUCUGCUGUCUUGGUUCCAAGCAUCUCGCCUUUCCCGGUAGGUCGCCAGGCAAGGUUCAACUCGUUGAACUGGCUUCUGGAAAUGUGAGCAUCAUUCCCGCUCACACCUCUGCCCUCCGCGCCAUGGACCUCUCGGCCGAUGGAGCCUGGCUCGCAACUGCUAGCGAGACGGGCACUUUGAUUCGUGUCUUCUCCACCGCCAAUUGCACAAAGAUUGCCGAACUCCGUCGAGGUGUAGACCCUGCCUACAUCUUCAGCAUUGCCAUUUCUCCUGACUCUUCUAUGCUUGCCGUCACCUCGGACAAAUCCACUCUCCACGUGUUUGAUCUCCCUGUGUCUCCUUCCACACCUCGAUCCACUUCUAGAGGCACCCCAACAUCCCCGCGAAGUCCUGCCGCCACCAAUUCUCGUCGUUCCCAGUCCCCUUCCGUGUACCACCCCUCGGAGGAAGACCAGAACACCAAUCAGAAAUGGGGCUUUCUCUCCAAAAUCCCCUUACUUCCCCGCGUCUUCAGCGACAUGUACAGUUUCGCAUCCACACAUUUCGAAAUGGGCGACGAUGCACUCUCUGGCCCACAGGCACUGUCCUAUCUACCCGCCCUCGGCUCCUUGCCGACACGACCUCAGAAAGGCAUCUUGGGCUGGUCCGACAACACCACCAUCAUCUGCAUUGGCACCGGCCGAGACGCUCGCUGGGAGCGCUUCUUGAUCGGGGAAAGGCCCGGUGUUGUUGGCGAUGAGAGCACGAGGACCGUAUGGAGGGACGGCUGGAAAAGAUAUCUGGGCUCUUGAACAGUGCUUUGCUUCACCACCCCCGAAGCUCGAACUCGACCAAGCCUUACAUCUGCACACCGGGCUACGUCAUCACAUACACAAGCGCAAUACAUCUGGAAGCUGGCCCUUCAGAGUAGCACACGACUGUUGAUCUCAUGAAUCUCAACAUCUCUGCUAUGAUUACAGGAUAAUUUGACCCGAUACCAAUUUCGGUGCAAUACAAUACAAUCCUCGAGGCCAGUCACAUUCUUCGCCUCGACAUUUAGACCGAGUUACGAAAAACACAAGGACACGACAACAACUCACCGCACCGGUCACACCUCUCUUCCAUCCCCAAGUAUGUAACUCAACUACUGAACAAAAACUACCCCUUCCCUAAGGUCCACAACCAGGACACCCAUGCAAAAUACUCAACUCCGUACUCCGUAUUCUCCGACCCGUCCAGACACAUGAGUCGAAUACCAGAGACAACAUGUGUCCACAUCGAGCUUUACCGCUUCGCGUUCGUGGGCAAUCGCUCCAAAUUAUCAAAGCUAUAGGGCCGAGACUAAAGUGCAUUUUGCACGCCAUCAUGUCGUCGGUAUGCUUGUCUUUGGCGCGUUGCCGUGCACACGCCAGUGUCCCAAGACGGCUGGAUGGACUAGGGCUUUGAACGCGCUGACCAUGGUCGCCAACCAUGUGAAGGAUGAAUAGGAUUUGUGAUUAGCCCAUCGCUGGAGACGUAAUUGUGCCGCGGUGAUACGAGUCUUGGACGAAACAAAGUUGGAGCGGUGCGUGAUCCUUCAUUUGUGGGAUGUGCGUGAGAGCGCUCAAAGGGCCUAGAGCUUGCUCCUUCAAGGGGCUGCACCGGAAUUGCUAUAGGCAUGGAAUGCCGGUGGUCUGCUGGUGAAACCGAAGGAAAUGCACGUGAUAGAGGAUUUCUGCUGCUCGAACUGGAUAGAUUUUGGUCAUGCCAUGUGAAGGACUGGUAUUCGUCUUCGCGCAUCACUUCAUGCUGAGAGUUGUAUGGCAUUAUAUGUCGCCCCGAAACAACGCCAGUCAUCUGCUGUACAGGGGAACAAACUCGAGGUGCGCUGCCAUCCAAUUGCCAUCCACCGCUCCGCUGUCUCUCAAGACAGGCAUACUCGCCCAAGCCUGGUGUGUCAUAAAAUUCAAGAUCGUCAACGCCGUCCUGGGCACUCGCGUGCUUCGUCUCCGCACGAUAUGCCCGCCGCCUUUCCUCGACGCAUGGCUCUGGCGUCUAACUCAUUGCCUUCUGGUACUGGAAAUUCCCAAAUCCUCCUGGAGUCAUCCCACUCAUGUGACUUGGCACCGGCGUGUGCGACGAUCCACUAGCCAUGCCGAUAUUGCCCGUCUGCGGCGUCGAUGGCGUUCCAUUUUGAUUGUAAAACGUGGCUCCGUUCAUGUUGGGCGUGUUGAAGUCGCGGUUGUUGCCUCCAGAAGUGGUCGGCAUUUGACCGUUCAAACCCCAGACCUGAGACCGAUAUCGGUCUUCCUCAAAGGUGCCAUUGAACACCUUUUCCUUCAUCUUAAAAUAAACUUG